AUGGUCCCUUACGGCAAGCCAGGUUCUAGUGCAUGGUUUUUCCAUCGUAUUCCUGACUUUAACCAUAACGAGUCCGGACCGGCACAAGCAUGGCGGGUCAUUGUCCAGAAAAUCAAAGACAGUAUUCCAGCUGAACUCAUGGCUGAUAUGGCUAACGUCAAGGGUGCUCAAGGAUAUUGCUGUACGCCAGCGCGACCAUGGUGGCUUCAGUACGUAAAUAAUGGUUGCAAAAGGCUGGAGUAUGCAAUUGUUUUCCCUAAUGCUGUUCUGGAGACCGACAUGGGUCUCCUGCCUAACCCAUGGGCGUAUGUGAACGCCUGGAUCCCGGCUGUUUUGUGGGAAUACGCAGCAGUACUGGCGUCAAAAGAACAGAGCCACAAGCCGAUGACCAUGAACUGGCGCGUAGAGAAGGCCUCCCAGUCGUUAAACGAAGUCUACCUGGUGUCAAUUCCAAACAUAUAUGUCCAUACGCGCAUGGCUUUUGCGGUAAAUUGUGUAGCCGUAGAACUACUGAUCCCCUCAAGAUCUCAUGUUCUUGGUAACGAGAAACAAACUCGCAUAUGGGGCUCCUCAUAUGCGCUUCCGGGGCUCGAGCACGACAUCAAAGUCUUAACGAACAACCCCUUCACGGGCAUCAAAAUCAGAACAAGCAAGAUCUGCCUAAAGACACCAUCAGUAGUACUGGAUACUCUGACGAGCCUUGAAGUCAUAGGCCAAACAAAAGGCUCAAACUUUGGUCAUAGGCAGUCAAAUUCAUUAGAGCGCUUUUGCCUCAACGAGACAGUGCUAGGAAGGUGCGAUCAGGCCCGGACGUCGCCGAAUUUCGUCAACGAGUAUCGCUACUCGGGGAAAUCUUGUGCGGAGCAGAUCAAGGUCCUCCGGAGGGUUCAUGCACAGCUCGAUAGGUGCGACGAGCACCAGGAGGCAGCCAUAAUAGGCGCACUAUCCGGCUGCCGACAUGGGCUCUUGGUAUUGGAUGGACCUGCGGGACCUGGCAAGACGACUACAUCUGCAAAGUGUGCACUUUGCCUGACCGAGAUUUGGAAGAAUGUCAUGGUCGUUAUGAAGAGCAAAAUUGCAGCCGAUCGCAUAGCUGAAGGAAUAAUGUUGCGGUUCGAGAAGCAUGGAGUAGGAAAGAGCCGGGAGAUCAUACGACUAGACAAAGACAAAGACGAGGAGACUCACACAAAGCUGGCGUACCGCAGAGAUGCGAGUCUAGAUCUGGAAAAAGGAAGCGUGGCUAUCGAGUGGGGGGUGGAAAAUUCGGUGGACCCUGUCCCCGAGACCGUCAUGACGGCGUCGGUGUCGGCGCCUGUUGAGAGAUACGCACGAGACCACUACAAACAUGACAGGGUGUCGCAGGAUUACCUCUUCGCGCGGAGAAUGUUCGUUGCAGAUGCUUGCCCUAGCUCACGCACUAAGAUGCGGUCCCUGCAUGAUGAACUCGCGCGCCGUGUCAUCAGGUCAACAAUGGUAGAAGACGCUAAUACAGUCACAGCCAUUGAGCUACUGCCACUGCUGGUCGCUUGCUCGCCACGUCUGGUGGCCCUGACAGGAGAUACCCGUCAAGGCAGGCCCAAGGUCUAUUCGAAAUUAUCGGGCAGUAACCCAUACGGCGGACUUUUAGGACUGCCUGUGUACCAGCUGAAGUACAACCAUCGCCAAGUCGGGCAGCUACGAGAACACACCAAGUUCUCUGCCGCAGUGAAGAAGGCAUGUCAAUCCUCCAGCAUGCUCAUGAGACAGUUAGAGACGCCCAUGGCCAACAACGAGCGUCUCAUUAUUAUCAACAUCGAUUCACGCGAUAAGAAGCUAGAAUCAAAUCUUACAUAA